UAAAUGUAAUGGCCAUGCCAGUGAGUGUGUGACCAACGGGCAGGGCAGGUUGGUGUGUGACUGUCAGCACAACACAUCGGGCGUAGACUGUGAGAGGUGCCAACCCUUCUACCACGACCGGCCCUGGGCGCGGGCAUCUGCCGAGGCAGCCAACGAAUGUCUCCCCUGUAACUGCAGUGGGAAAUCGGAGCAGUGCAUCUUCAACAUGGAUCUGUACCGUCGGACUGGCCAUGGGGGGCAGUGCCUGAACUGCAGGGAUAGCACAGCAGGAUCCCACUGCGAGACGUGCAAGGAGAACUUCUACAGAAGGACUGCUGAUGAGAUGUGCCAGCCGUGUAACUGCAGCGUUGUGGGGUCACUGAGUUUACAAUGUGACCACAAUGGAGAUUGUGUCUGUAAAGGAACUGUCACGGGGAAGACAUGUGACCAGUGCCAAAAGGGCUAUCACUCUCUGUCGGAGGGAGGCUGCAGAAAGUGUGGGUGUCAUCCUGAAGGCAGUAUUGGUGACUGUGAUCCGGCCAACGGAGAGUGUACCUGCAAGCAGAACGUGGAGGGAGCCCUGUGCCACAGGUCAGUCACUCAGAGACG